AUGGCUCGGAACUUCCCAGCGGAUACCCGUGGUCAGCGGGCGCUGGAGGAAUUGUACGAGAAAGAAUUACGUACACAACUGGUCUGGUUUCUGAAAAGCGAAAAAGCCAAAAAAGACAACCCCGGAAAAGUGAUCAGUCCGGCGGCGAUUGUGGACACGCCGACCCCGAAAAUAGAAGAUGUGUUACCGGCACACAUGGUCGAGAAAAUUCGUCAGAUAAGACAAGAGGAGCGGAAAUUCGGGAAAAAGUCAAACACCUCAACCACGUUGAUGCCCGUCGUUAGUGCGGAUUCCUUGGAUGAACCUGUGCCAGACAUGGUCCCGCCUGAUCGAACCACGCAAAUGAUUCUUUAUGACGGCAUAUCUAAAGAAGGUCGAGGAAGGUGA